CUUGUUAAUGUCUACCCACCUGGGAAAUGGGUUGUACAAGUAUUCAAUGUUAACAUUGCCCAUCUGUUCGGCCUGACUUCGGAGCUUGUCCCCAAGUUAACUGAGUAUAGUGUGGGUUAUUUGUUGCUCUUCGGAUGCCAUGGCGUGAGUGAGCAUUUCUGCAAAAUUCUCCUCCACUUUUCCUAGAAUAAAAUUAUUGGCUCGGAGUCCCCUUCCCAGCUCCAGGGUAAUGCACCAACCAUCUUGCGCAGCCCACGCCUAUCGACGUACUUGUACUUGAUAGAACGCGCGGGAAGCUUGCCACUCCUUAUCAACCACUAGACAUAUCGGUGUCUGCCUUAAUAACUGUUUUGGGCAAUAGGGUCCCUUGAAUUAUAAUAAAUCUUGAGUCUUAAGCAUGGGCAAGCGCAAGAAGUCAAGCCGUCAACCCCAGGGACCCAAGAAGAGAGAACCCCUUGCGACAACGUUUGCUUGCCUAUUUUGCAACCACGAGAAUUCGAUCGUGGUGAAACUAGAUAAGAAGCUUGGGCUAGGACACUUGUCUUGCAAGGUGUGCGGACAAAGAUUCCAAACAGGCAUCAACUAUCUUUCUGCGGCUGUUGAUGUAUACUCAGACUGGGUUGAUGCCUGCGAUGCAGUUGCCAAAGAUACUGCGAACAAGUACCAAGAAAAUGAUGCACAAGCCACACGUUCCUACGGCCAUCCCGCUUCUCCCGGAGAUAAUAAUACAGAACAACUUGGUCAAUUUUCAGAAAGUUAUUGAAGAUACAGCGGGGAAGAUAAACGCUGUGCAAAUGGAGGCAUUGCGAUUUUUAGUGAUUAUUACUCCUUUGCCUACAGGGUUCACUCUACUAUAAGUGCGUAUGCCAUGCAGUCUGUUGGCGAAUGUUCCACAGACGGCAAUUGCCAAAAAGAUACUGGGAAAUUUAUUGUUAUUUAGGCGUUGGCUGGGGAGAGGUAUUUGUCCUUCUGGUCGCUAUAUUUUUUAUAGGGUAUAGUAUCGGUCACCGAAAUCACCAAGGCCCGGAAUAAUAUAU